AUGCAUGAUAUCUAUAACAAUGAUGGUGAAUAUGUAUAUUUAGGUCUUGAAAAUCAGUUAAUACAAAUAAUGGAAAAUACGUAUAAAGUUAUUUUAUGUCGAGACUUUUGCUUGAACCUUCAACUUAAUACUGAUGGAUUGCCACUGUAUAAAAGUUCUGCAAAGCAGUUUUGGCCAAUACUAUAUUCAGUAAGUUAUGGUGGAACUACUUUUAAACCAUUUGUAGUUGGCUUGUUUUGUGGAAAUAGUAAACCAGUAUCAGCUAAAGUAUUUUUAUCUGGAUUUGUUGAGGAGAUUAUAAAACUUAAAGAGUGUGGAUUUGCUGUGGCAGGUACCUUUUUUACUAUAGCUAUCAAUGCUUUUAUAUCUGAUGCACCUGCUCGUGCAUUUGUUAAAGGUAUAACAAGCCACAAUGGGUAUUAUGGAUGUGAAAGAUGCGUUCAGGUUAGAAAAUAUGUAGAAGGAAGAAUCACAUUUCCGGAAUUGUAUGCAGAGAGGCGAACAGAUAGCUCAUUUUUUAAUCGUAAACAAAAGCAGCAUCAUAAAAAAAAUGUUGUACCACCACUUCUAGAGCUUAAUGUUGGUCAUAUUUCACAAUUUUCUUUGGAAUAUAUGCAUCUUGUAUGCCUUGGUGCGACUCUAAAAUUGUUAUUGUAUUAA